AUGUUCAAAAGCGACGAGUCAUCUGUCAACUUCCUCAACAACCACAAGUCGGUCUGGGAGAAAACAACCCCCUUUAAGGAGUUUAUUGGUCGUUCCGACGAAUUCUCUUUUACCCGGGGGGGGGGGCACGGCCCCAUGUAUGACCUUGUCACGGAUCAAGACUCCAUCAAGUUGAUCGAGGAGUUCUAUAACGCGGGCAAGCUCGUUGCCGCUGUCUGCCAUGGGCCCAUUGUCUUCCGAGAUGCCAAAGGUAAGAGCGGCGAGCCGCUUCUCAAGGGCAAGAAUGUGACUGGUUUUACCAAUGUCGAGGAGGACCAGGUCUAG